AUGACUGACUUUGACAUGGUGCUGAAGUAUUGGGGUCCAGUGGAGGCAGACUACACGGGCCAUGGGAGUCUGGUCCUCACCCGUUUAUUCACAGAGCACCCAGAAACCCUGAAGCUGUUCCCCAAAUUUGCCGGUAUUGCCAAUGGUGACAUGCCCAGUGACGCAAAUGUUUCUGCCCUCGGUGCCUCUAUGCUGAAGAAACUGGGUGAGCUGCUGAGGGCUAAAGGAGACCGCGCUGCCAUCAUCAAACCUCUUGCCAACGAUCACGCCACGAAGCACAAGGUCCCUCUUUCUAACUUCAAGCUGAUGGCCAAGGUCCUUGGUAAAGUCUUGGAGGAGAAGGCGGGACUCGAUGCUGCCGGGCAGCAAGCUCUGAGGAAAGUGAUGGCCGGCAUCAUCGCUGACAUGGAGGCCAACUACAAAGAGCUGGGCUUCACCGGCUAA